AUGGAUUUUGGAGUUCUUAUAGAUGCAUUUGAAGAGGUUGUCGAGAUUGCUGUUUCACCAGUGACUGCUACUAUUGAUGCUGUGACCGGUCUCAUUAUCGGACAACCAACAUCAGAGACAACCACACCUCCACCAACCACUCCUACCACCCCUGGUACAACUACUCCACCAGUCAAGCCACCAACUACUACUACCACUCCACCAACCAAACAACCAGGUGUUGUCAAGGCCAACUCAAUGGGACAACAAAAGUUCUUCCUAAGCUAUGGCCGCAAGUCUGAUGAAAUCUUCAACGAUGAAAAGCAUUCUGUUCCACCAUUGAAAGCUGCCGCCGCCGCACCAAAGGCUGCUGCCACCAAAACAACUGCUGCCGCUGCUGCUCCAGCCACCACCACCAGACCAAAGAGAGAUGCCGCCAAUGAUGAACUCCUUCCACCAUGGGACGAUAAUUUCAUCAUCCCUCCUUUUAACCCAGACUUGCAACUCACCGAUGCUCAAGGUAUCAAGAUUUUACAUCAUUUAUCUGUCUUUGAUGAAAAUAAUAAGAAUAUUGUUGCCGAGAAUGCUGACAAGUACUUUUUGGAGAAUGUACUACUCUACUCUGAUCCAAACAAUGAAAUUUUGGAAUUAUUUGGUCUCACCAAACCAAAACUCCAUCAAUCACGUUUGGAUAUUUGUGAUGAACCAAAGGUUACUCUCUGGUAUUCCUACUAUUCAUUCUACUAUCUACCAUUGAUGGUUGCCAAUGGAAACUAUUCAGUCUCUAAAAAGAUUAAUGCUGCUCUUUGCAAGGAAAAAAUCCUUGAUCUUGAAACUAAUCAAGCAUAUGAUAAUACAUAUGCUCAUCAACGUAUGUUACUCUUUAAGUAUGCAUAUUGUGAAAAGAACCAAUGGAUGAUUAAAUUCCAAAAGAGUGCAGAGAGAUGGUUACCACUUUUCAUGAAUUCUUUAAAGAGUCAAGACAAUUUGAGCAACAAGGUUACAAAAUUGAAUGAGGAAAGAACUACUGAACAAUUCCAAGCCUACGUUGUCAAUACCAAAGCUACACUGGAUAUUCUUGACCCAACCGGAGCUGCCUCUCGUAAUUUCAUUAAUCAACUUGUUGGUUCAUCCCUAUUUAUUAGUCUAGAUAACAAGGAUGCCAUCAAGGACAACAAGGUCACCAGAAAUAUCAUAAAAGACACUGUGGAACGUGUAAUUGAACAAAUCCAAACUCCAGGUGUCGAUUUGUCAGAAGAUCAGGUCACAAUUGGCAAGGAUUUCAUUAAUCAACUUGGGUCAACCGCAGGUGCUUGCAAGGAACUCCAACAAGCAAUUUUAGCUACCCAAUUCGAGUCUUUGGAAGGCCCAGAUAUCAAUAAGGGCUAUGUUCAAUAUUUUGAAGAUAUCGGUAAACGUGUCAUGAAUAAGCUUCAAGUACCAGCUGCCAAAUUGGAUAAAUUCUGUACUUGGUUUGGUCGUGUCUUUAAGACUUGUCAAGUAGCAGUAAUAAUCUAUUCAAUUGUAAAUUGGAACAAGUUGGAAACCUACAACAAAGCAUUCUUUGUUGCUGAUAUUCUCAAUAUUGGAUUAGAUUUGGCCAAUGCUGCCACUGAAAAGGUUUCAGAAGGUUUCAAGACUAUUGGAUCUUUGAUUGGUGUUGCAUUAAACAAGCUACCAAAUGGUGACAAGGUACUCACUAUCAUGUCAAAGAUAUUCACAGCAGAUUUGGCAGAGUUUAUUACUACCAGAUUCAGUCCAAUCCUUAUGUUUGUGGCUGCCAUUAAAAGCAUUUAUGAUGCAGUUCAAGAUGCAAAGGUUGGUAACAUUGGUGCUUUGGUAGUUGACACUAUCUCUGCUGGUAUUGGAAUUGGAGUUGCCUUGGGUAUCAUGUUGGGUUGUGCUUGCGCAGGACCCCUAUGUCUCCUUGCAGGUGCAGUUCUAUUAACUCUUGCAUGUAUCAAGUACGUUUUCUUUACUCCCACAAAUGACCAAAUCUUUUUUGAUAAGUUGUACAGUGGUCUUAAACUUUAA